AUGGAGACCAAAAAACGAACAACCUCUGAGAAAAAAAGGCCAAGGAUAACAAUGCACGUAAGUGAUUUUUUAACUGAAACAAUUGGUAGACUUAAAUUAUCAGAUGAACAAAAAUUGGUGGUUGGAGAAAAUUUUCCUCAUGAAGCUCAAGUCAUAAUAUGUCCUGGAAAGAAUGCUGAUGGACGGUGGAAUCUUGAACAACUCAUAGAUCAAGGCUAUACCAAUUUCGAAUUAACACAUCCUGAUAUGAUUGCAGUAUUUGCAUUUGAUCAUUCAUCAAGCCAUACCAAAGUAGCAAAUGAUUCUAAAAGAACCAAGGUAGAAACUGAUGAAAGCGCAG